CGUUAGCUAGCUAGCUAGCAGGACCAGGAGCUCCUUUACCCCAAACGACGCAGCCGUGGCAUCCUAUCCUACGCACCCAGCGCACGAUAAUAUAAAAUUGCGCUGCCCAUCACCGCCACUUCCGCCUGCGCUUCCACCACCACCACCACUUUCUGCCGCCGCGAUGGAGGCUCCGUCUACUCCUUCCAAAUCCAGAAACCCUAAUAAAUUCCAAAGCUCCUCCUCCUCCUCCAGCCAUCACCACUCCGCAAUGGCGCGAAAAUCCUCCCUCGUCAAACAAACCAUCGUCUGCUCCGCCUGCUUCGUCCUCGUCCUCUACGCCUUCUUCAACACUUUCCUCCACCCCACCGACUCCCCUCCUUCUCCCCUCUUCCCCGACGGCGUCGUCCGCGAUGACGUCUUCGUCGGCUCCGCCGUCGCCGCGAGCAGGGUCAAGGUUUUCAUGUACGAUCUCCCCAGGCAAUUCACCGUCGGCAUCAUCGAGGGCCACGCUAGGGCUCGCGGCUCCUCCGAUUUCUCUAAGUCGAGGUACCCGGGCCACCAGCACAUGGGGGAAUGGUACCUGUUCGCCGAUCUGAAUCGGACCGAGGAGGAGCGGGUCGGAUCGCCCGUCGUCAGGGUCCUCGAUCCGGAGGAGGCCGACCUGUUUUUCGUCCCGGUGUUCUCUUCUCUCAGCUUGAUCGUGAACACGAAUCGCCCUGGGGCGGAUCAGGCCUACAGCGACGAGAAGAUGCAGGACGAGCUGGUGCAGUGGCUGGAGCAGCAGGUGUACUGGCGCCGGAACAGCGGUAGGGAUCACGUGAUCGCCGCCGGAGAUCCCAAUGCGCUCUAUCGAGUGAUGGACCAGGUGAAGAACUCGGUGCUCUUGCUGUCCGAUUUCGGCCGCGUGAGGCCCGAUCAAGGAUCUCUGAUCAAGGACCUGAUUAUACCGUACGCUCACCGGAUCAACUCUUACACCGGCGAAUUGGGAGUGGAGAAGAGGGGCACACUGCUCUUCUUCAUGGGCAAUCGGUACCGGAAAGAUGGAGGCAAAAUUCGGGACCUGCUAUUCCAAAUGCUGGAAACCGAGGACGAUGUGAUCAUAAAACACGGGACGCAGUCGAGGGAGAAUCGCCGGGCGGCCACUCGCGGGAUGCAUACUUCAAAAUUCUGUUUGAAUCCGGCCGGGGACACUCCGUCGGCUUGCAGGCUGUUCGAUGCGAUUGUUAGCUUGUGUGUUCCUGUGAUCGUGAGUGACAGCAUUGAGUUGCCUUUUGAAGAUGUGAUAGACUAUAAAAAGAUUGCAAUCUUCGUGGGCACAAAAGCUUCUCUGAGACCUGGCUACUUGGCUAGUUUGCUGAGAGGAGUAAGCACAGAGAGAAUUCUGGAGUUCCAGAAAGAGCUGAAACAGGUAGUAAGCCACUAUUUUGAGUAUGGGGAACCAAAUGGAGCAGUGAAUGAAAUAUGGCGUCAAGUGUCACAGAAGCUACCAUUGAUAAAGCUGAUGAUAAAUCGUGAUAAAAGGCUCAUCAAGAGGGACUUGAGUGAGCCAGAUUGUUCUUGCCUGUGUACAAACAAGACUGGCUUCCUAACCUCCAUAUGAUGAUGAGUAGGAUUUUGUCUUUCUGUGUCUGCGAGCUAGUGGUACACAAUGAUCCGUAAGGGACUCAUCUAGGCACAUCGUAAUCGAAAUCCUGGAAAUCAGAAGAUGAAUGGACGAUGAUGAACUUCUGCAGAAUGAGGUUCACUGUGUCUAAUGUGCAAAGGACAUGGAACCGUGAAGUUGAGGACAGAUUGAUUUCAUGGAAUUCGCCUGUUUGAUUGGUCGUCUUCUUUAGUCAUGCAACAACUAAUGGAAGCAAUAGAAAGAGGCUGAAAUGAGGGAUGGAAUUUGCUCCGAUGGCCAUGAGCGAAGACCUGCAGGCCGACUAGUGCUCUCUAGCCACUCAGUUUCCAAGUUAUUUACAAGUGAAGUUCCAGCUGGGGGGUAGUAGAAGUUGCAGCAGACACAACGAUGGAGAGGAAUUCGCUUUAGCUAGCUAACCAGGAGGCCACUUCAUCUGUCUUCCUCCUAGGACAUGCAGGUGGAGAUGAUAAACAGAUUGACCGGGAUAAGCAACCCACAGAGAUCGUCACACGAACUCUGGCAGUGGGAAACAAUGAAUGAAGGAGCACUUACUCCAGACUAACAGAUGAAAGAUUGGUGCUUACAGGCAGUAGGGCCACUGUCGAUAACCACCCGAAACUCAUCAACUAUACCUUUUUUCUCUGCAACUAUUUUUGGCAGAAUAGAGAAGUUGGCAGAGUGCGUUUUGGCAUCCAAGGAAGGAAGCCAGGAAGGAAUAAGCGAAUAAACUCUGGGAACAAUUAAAACAAGAGAAAAAGGAGUAAAUGCAUAGUGACAUUGUGAAAGAAUGAUUUGCCUAAUAAGACGCACAUCAGCCUGAAAGUGACUUCCUUCAAGACAGUGCUGCAAAACAUGUAACCUCCAG